ACCGUGUGUGUGUGGCUCCGCCCCUCGUCCCUGCAGCACCCCGAGUUGUUGCUGUGACAGACUUCAACAGUUCCUGCCGCUGAACCAUAGACUAACACGAAACUGGAGACAUGCGGGUGGCAGUGAUCGGAGCCGGGGUCAUUGGUCUGUCAACAGCUCAGAGCAUCUAUGAGCAGUAUCACUCAACCGUCACGCCGCUGACCAUCGAGGUGUACGCAGACCGCUUCACUCCGCUGACCACUAGUGAUGGAGCCGCUGGCUUCUGGCAGCCCUACCUGUACGAUAAGGGCAACGUCCAGGAGACGAAAUGGAAUAAAGAGACAUUUGACUACUUGCUGAGCUGCCUCAAGUCAUCAGAGUCUGUAAACAUGGGGAUAUUCCUUCAGUCUGGCUACAACAUCUGCACUGCAGCAGCCCCGGAUCCCUCCUUUAAAGAUAUUGUCCUGGGCUUCAGAGAGCUCACAGAACGAGAGCUGCAGAUGUUCCCUGGAUACAAGUUUGGGUGGUUUAACACUGCUCUCAUGGUGGAAGGUAAAACAUACUUACCUUGGCUCAUGGACUGGUUGCAACAAAGGGGGGUCAAAUUUUACCACAGGAAAAUAGAGUCCUUCAAGGAGUUGGCAGAAACUGGGCCAGACGUUAUCAUAAACUGCACUGGCAUGAGAUCAGGGGUGCUGCAGCCUGACCCGGACCUGCAACCAGGCCGCGGUCAGAUAGUGAAGGUGGAGGCUCCGUGGUUAAAACAUUGGAUUCUGACCCACAACUUCGAUACGGGAGUCUACAAUUCACCGUACAUCAUUCCAGGGAGUCGUCUUGUGACUGUCGGUGGAGUUUUCCAGUUAGGAAACUGGAGUGAAAAUAACAACUCUGCUGACCAUAAGAAAAUCUGGGAAGCAGCUUGCCAGCUGGAGCCCAGUCUCAAGCAUGCCAGGAUCGUGGAGGACUGGUCUGGCCUCAGACCUGUUCGCAGUAAAGUCCGACUGGAGAGGGAGGCCUUACAGGCUGGUGCAACGAAAAUAGAGGUGAUACACAACUACGGCCAUGGAGGUUUUGGACUCACCAUUCACCGAGGCUGUGCCCAGGAGGCAGCAAGGCUCUUCGGUCAGAUCGUAGAACAAAAGGGCAAAGGUCCAAAAGCUCGCUUGUAAAUUUGUGCCCCAGAGUAAUGGAAAAAGGAAUAAAUCAGUGCCUUGUAUCCAGAUGUUGUCUACCCCACACAUCAAAAUCAAACGCAAGACAAUAUAACGUGUAUGUGAAAAAAGAGACUAUUAUUGCUGUUCUAAUCCAGUAUUAAUCAGGAGAUUUAAGGUAAAAUUGUGCAUCUACCUAUUUGAGGUUUGAGAAAUUAAAAAAGAAUAUAAAAAGGUUUUCAGUUAAUAUAGACAAUAGCAGACAAACCUACUAAUAAUAAUUCUAAAUUAUAAAAUCACUAGAUUUUAAAGAUAUUAAAAUCAUGAUUAAAAAACAAAAUCACGACUGUUUGCUGUCCUGGCUCCCAAAUGGUGGAACGAGCUCCAUGUUGACAUCAGGACAAUACAAUUUUUCCGACUACACCUUGGCUAAGAAGAUGGUCUAAGUCAAGUUGAACUUACUGUAGCACUUUGUAGUUAAUGUACUUACAUGAUUCUUGCUGUUCUGGGUUUGUACCUUCUUGGUCAAAUGCACUUAUUGGAAGUUGCUUUGGAUAAAAGCGUCAGCUAAAUGAAAUGGAAAUUUUAAAAGAACAACAUGAUAACACUGCACUUUUUCAAAGAUGAUUUACUAUGGUAUCAUACACAUUUACAUCCAGUGAGUUGACAUGAAUCUGUGCACAAAGACAUUUACUGCAGCUCUCUAUCUCAGACACUGGCUCAGCUUUACCAGACCUGUGCCAGUUAAUACCCUUUUUUAAAAAAAAAAUUUAACAAAACUUUAAUCAGUGUGUUACUGGUAGAAUCAGACUGGGAACAAUCUGUCUCCACAUCAUCCUUUGUCACAAACAAAAGCAAAGACAACAACUAAACCAGGUUUUGAUACAAUAUUUACAGAAAGACAAAAAGUAACAUCCUGGUAGAUGUUUGUUAAGGUCAAUGUGUGCAGUUUAUUGAUUUAUUGAAUUCUCCUCUAUUUUAACGAGAGCUGAGGAAUCUUUUGUUUGUUUAAAUACUCAGAUUUUAAUUCCCUUAUACUUUAAUGUUGACUUACGUAAUGUUCAGGAUCUGCGGACUCGAUCUGUUUGUGCUACUACUAUGAAAUGCACUCGACUGUAUGAUGUCAUGGAUGUUAUUUCGCUCUGUUGGAGACUUUGGCAGAUUUGUCCACCUGCUGUAAAUAAAUGGCCACGUAACGACCGAGA